GCCCUUUCUCCCAAAAGCAGAACAUAUCCCCAAGCAACGGCAGGGAGGGCAACCAGGAAGGAGAAGGCAGGGUGUCGCAAGCAAACUCUACUCCCCCUUCCCGCCGGCCCUUGCCUCGUUUCCUCCGUUUCACAAUCCCCCGACACGCCACGCCACCGUCUCUCCUCUUCCUCUCGACAUAGCAGGCGCGCAGCCCGGGCCGGGGAAUCGAUAUCCGCCGCCAUGUCCGCGUCGCCGGAGUUCUACAAGCCCGCGCCGCCGGCGUUCUCGCCGUGCAGCUCGCCGCUCCUCCUGCACGGGGCGGGAGCAUCAGCGGAAGAGAGCGCCGCGGCCAUGUGCCAGCAGCAGCAGGAGGAGGACUACCGGUGCCGGACGCCGACGGGCGGGGAGAGCCAGGUGAAGCCGCCCGGGACGUGCCCGCCGGCGCCGCGGAAGCCGCGCGCGCCCGCGGCCCCCGCGCCGUGCCGGAAGCGGCUGUUCGAGGUGGAGGUGUUCAGCCUGCGGCUGGAGGAGCUGGAGCGGCUCUUCUGGCGCCCGCACCCGUCGCCGCCGCCGGCGCCCGCCCAGAAGAAGCGCCGGAGGGUGGCCUGCCCGCAGCCGAAGAAGAGCAGCUAGCCUCCAGCUAGGUACCAGUAGAUGCCAGCAGUCGUAGACCAGAAGUAGAGAGGGUGCAGCGGUAGCUAGGUGCAGGGCCAAGUGGUUUUGGCCAUGGUAAGUUUGUUAGGAGUACUGCGUUUUUACUGCUGUACUUGUACUACUAUAGUAUCUCUAUAGCUAGUUCUACAUACUUGUACCGAGUUUAGUGUAUGUGAUGAUGAUGAUAGUAUUGUUGUGGCGUCAAGCUAAGGUUUAUUAGUGUGAUAUAGGCAGGCAGCUGCAUGCCUGAAUCUGCUGCUUCCACAUGUAGCCUGUGUAAUGAGAAGCUCAGUUGUACCACUGGAAUCAUACAGUAUCUACCUUCCGAGUC